AGGAAGGAAUUAAAGAAUAAAAGAAAGCUAUUGAAAAUAAAAGCAAAUGUUUUUUUCCCAAACUCCUGCAUUAUUGCUGCCUUUGUGAUCUGCAGCCGAUAGCCCGUUACAAUUGGUACAUACUGAUGGAACUGUGAGAGAAAUGCAAUAAUUUUGCUAUAAUGGGCUGUAACCUCGAGUCGACCCCAGCCCUGCAGACCCUGGCUGGAAGCGUGAAGAUCUAACUAGUCUCCAGAGGGUGGCGCAAGAGUCCGACUGACAGUCAGGAGCUGGAAGCGGGAGCGCGCCUUGGGCGCGCGCGCCAACCCUCCAGCAUCCACCCAACUCCCCCAUUAGUGCACGAGUUUACCUCUAGAGGUCAUCAGGCAGGAUUUACGACUGGACAACAAAAGCACGUGAUUUGAAGUCGUACCCCAUAUUUGGGUGCCUACGUAGGAGGGAACCAAGUACAUGUCCCAGUCAUUUCCAUAAUUCAUCAUAAAUUGUGCAAGGGUGCUAUAGACGCACAAAACGACCAAGAGCCACAAAUCAAGCACACAUAUCAAAAAACAAAUGAGCUCUUAUUUUGUAAACUCAUUUUGCGGUCGCUAUCCAAAUGGCCCGGACUACCAGUUACAUAAUUAUGGAGAUCAUAGUUCCGUGAGCGAGCAAUACAGGGAUUCAGCGAGCAUGCAUUCCAGCAGGUACGGGUACGGCUACAAUGGCAUGGAUCUCAGCGUUGGGCGCUCAGCCUCCAACCACUUUGGUGCCAAUGAAAGAUCUCGCAAUUACCCAGCCACUACCACCUCUGCGUCGACAGAGCCCAGGUAUAACCAACCUGCAACGUCUUCACAUUCGCCUCCACCUGACCCUCUGCCCUGUACCGCCGUGGCCACUUCGCCUGUCAGCGACAGUCAUCACGGGGUGAAAAACUCCAUAGCUAACUCUACCAGCACUUCGUCCAAUUCCAGCAGCAGCACUCACAUAAGCAGAGAGGGGGUUGGCACGUCGUCUGGCACUGAGGAUGACACCCCAGCAAGCAGCGACCAGGCAAGUGCCCAGAAUGACCAAAGCACAGCUCAGCCUUCACAACCCCAGAUCUACCCCUGGAUGCGAAAACUGCACAUAAGUCAUGACAACAUAGGGGGACCAGAAGGAAAAAGGGCUCGGACUGCUUAUACCCGAUAUCAGACCCUGGAGCUGGAAAAAGAAUUUCACUUCAAUAGAUACCUGACCCGCAGAAGAAGGAUUGAAAUAGCACAUGCUCUUUGCCUCUCAGAGAGACAAAUAAAGAUCUGGUUUCAAAACAGGAGAAUGAAAUGGAAAAAGGAUAAUAAGCUGAAAAGCAUGAGCAUGGCAGCUGCAGGAGGGGCUUUUCGUCCUUAAGAAAUUGAUCAAUUAAAAAGUACUGAGCAGUAUUAGUUGACCCUUCGCAUAAUGUCAGUACUAAGUUGACUUUCUAAAACUUCCUUGUGUUACUUCUGUGAAGAAACCUUGUUCUUGUCGCCCUGAUUCAUCUUUUAAUCAUGAGCCUGUUUCUUACCAUUAUAUCGCGUGUAUAAGUAGAUCUGCUUCCCCUACAUUUCUUUGUCUUGAAUGGCUUUGUCUUGAAAAUUUAGAUGUUUUAACUUAUUUAUAUGAAGCGAGCUGUGUUACUUGAAGUAACUGUAAAAAAGAGAGAGAAUCCCCCUCCCUUAGUACAAAUGUUAUGUGUUGCACUCAAUUUGCUUAACUGUGCAUGUGUGUGUAAGUGUUAAUAACUGUAUAGCUCCAAGCUGUUAAAAUAUUUUUAUUCAAACUACCUAUAUAAUUCUCGUGUAAUUAAUGCUGUUGUAGAGGUGAAAUGAUGAAAUACAACUGAACUUGUCCUACGUGUAGUGAAUAGUGAAUCUGUGACGAAAACUGUGAUUCCAAGCAGUAUGUCCUUGCUGUGCCUUUGUAUGACUCUUUGCACGAACUCCUAGAAGUGGCUCUUAUUAAGCGCAGCAUCAGUAAUGUAUGUUUUUGUGAACAAAGUUACAAAUAUAGUCAAAGUCUGGCUGUUUGAGCAAACUGUGAUCAGAUUUUUUUUUGUAUUUGUUUUUUAAAAAAACUGACUGGAAACA